UAGUAGUGUUCGUUUACAAUACGCAUGCGCUGUAAAAUUGGAGUAAAUCAAUAUGGCGGAAAAUAGCCCCGGAUAAUAUUUUCUCAAAAUUUGAAGAAAUUGCGAUAUUGAUAGAGUGUCAGGAUGGCACAUCAACUUCAGUUAGAGAAGGAAAAAUACAGACAGUGGGUAAAGGCUGGUUUAGGACUUGGAUAUUUAAAGGAGGGACUGGUACCAUUCUGUAAUGACAUAGCUGACCAACAACAUAAGGAUAUUUUACAAAACAUUCGGUCUACAAAGUCACUACCAUCAACUGUGACAUGUGGGGGCUGUCAAGUUGAAACUCUCAAGCCAGACCAUAAGCCAGUACCUGGGAAUGCUGGAAACAAAAUCUGUCCUCUUGGGCAAGUAAAAUGCAGCUGUUGCUUUAAGGGAAAAAUUGCUUGUCCGAACAACAUAUGUGGCGCCAUCUAUGACUUUAUUGUGCAGCAUCAUGCCUCCACGCCACCUGCACCUAACUGGAAAAACAGCGAUGCUCUACAGUGGGUGACAGAUCCUUGGAGCAUUUGUAAGUGUUUUAUAAAUGCUCCAGGGUACGAGCAGAAACAAUCUGCUGGUGAAACUGAUUGCACUGGGCUAUUACAUCUAAUGAUAAAUAACCAGUAUUUUCAUAGCCACAUUGGAUGUGAUGUCACAGUAACAAACAAUCUUUUUACAAAGGUUCGUCACUAUAGAAAUGCUAUCUUUCACUCAAGCAGCAUGGAAUUAGAAGAAAGUGAGGCAAAUACUUACUUAGACGAUAUGAUAGCAGUUUUACAAGAUGGUAAAGAGCUAUUACACCGAUCAGAUGCCCAGAUAGCAGUGAAGAAACUUCAAGAUCUGAAGAACAAAGAUUUUAUUAUUACGACUGAAAGUUUUGAAGAGAUUCUUAGGCAAAUCAAAGAAGAAAUGGCAAAAGUUUUGAAAUCAACAGAAAGUGCUGCAACUAAAGAAGAAUAUGAUGAUCUGAAGAAGAAGCUAAUAGAUCUUGAAGCUAAAAUGUCUGAUGAAAAGAAGGGGAAACUGGAAAAUGAAAAAGAACUUGCAGAACUAAAGAAAACUAGUUCUGCCCUGAAGAAGAAGCUAUUAGAACUUGAAGCUAAGAUGUCCAGAGAAAAUGACGAAAAACUUGAGAAUGCAGAAUUGAAAAAGAAACUUGGCGUCUUGGAGACUCUUGUUUCAGAACAGAAAAAGGAGAUAGCAAAAAUAAAGUCGGAAACUUCUUCAGGUCAAAGUCAAAAUUAUGAGCAAACCAAGUUAGAAUGGCAGAAAGAGAUGAUAGCAUCAUACUGUAAGACUUUGCUAAAAGUACCAGCAAUGCCUUUACUACCACGAGGUCAGAAAUGUAACUUCAGUGAGAUUUAUGUUAGGCCCACUAUAACAAGAGAAAUAAAAGGAGAGAAAGGGGAGACAAAGGAGAUUGAGGUCAAGUCAAUGUCAGAAAUCUUCAUAAAGAAUGGUGUACCUUUGAAACAUAUAUAUGUUCUUGGAGAUGCAGGGUCUGGUAAGAGUAGUUUCUGUAAAUAUUUGGUCAACUGUUGGUGUAUUGCACACAGUGAUGCACAAAAUGUAGAUGAUAAAUUUGAAGGAGUCAAGGAAAUGAAGAAAUUUGAUAUCAUGUUUUAUAUCUCCCUAAGACAUAAUCAAGACAUAAACAGUGUCCAGGAUAUGAUUAAAAAUCAGUAUCAUAUUGACAUUUCAAGCCCAGUUCUCAAAAAGGACUCUGCAAAGAUUAUAAUAUUGCUUGAUGGCUUAGAUGAAUGGUCUUCUGAGAGAAAGUCCUACAAUCAGUUCCAGACAAUGGGUCUCCCAAAACAGGAUGUUAAUAAAGACUACACAAUCGUAACUACAUCACGGCCAUGGAAAGUUCACACCUUAGGAAUAAGUGAGACAGAAAUUGAACAAAUACUGAAUCUGAAAGGGUUUGAUUUGAGAUGUGAAAGGGAAAUGGUAGAUAGAACAGUUUCUCAAUUAAAUUUCAGCAGGCAUGCUAGUAAAGAUGCCAGGGUUUGUAAACGAAAGCUAACAGAAAAGUCCCUGGAAAGUUUAAAACAGCUACCAAUUAUGCUGCAGCAACUGAUUUGUCUAUGGUUUGAUGGUAAACUCGAUAAAACUUCAAAAUGUGCCAUUUACACCGGCAUGUUAGAACUUUUCUUUACCUGGAAUGACAUGAAAACUGCAGGAACAAGUACCCGACUCAUGGAGGGUGCUCAGAAAGUAGAUCUUCCUAAAACCUUAGCUGAUAAAAACAUAUUAAAAUUAAACAGCCAUCUCAUUUAUUAUGUGUCAAAGUUGGCUUAUGAGACACUAUUUAAUUGUCCGAAGGAUAAAUCUUUGGCAUUUGACAUUUCUAUGUUUGAUGAACUAGAAAUAUCAGAUGAAGUAAGAGAAAAUUGCUUGAAACUUGGAAUAAUUACAGAAGAUGAAUGUCCAAGUUUAUCUGUAUCAGAACCACCAAGCUCAUUGUUCUCUUUUAUUCACAAAUCAAUGCAAGAAUUUCUGGCUGCAGUGAAUAUUUGCAUCAAUUUCAAUGCAAAAAUUGGUUUGUCAGAUAGUACAGGAAAUGUUGAAUUAGCCAAGAAAUUUAUUAAUGAGGUUUUUCAGAAAUGUUCAACAGUAAAUGACAUAUUAGAACAGUCAAAUGUUAUCAUUAUGCUAUGUGGUCUUGAACCUAGAUUAGCAACACAUGUUUCAAAAUACAUAUAUGAUACUGUGUCAGAAGACUCUCGUGUUCAGGAAUACAGGAGAACAAUAAAUUAUAGGGAUUAUGAUUGUAUUACUGAUAUUCAAAAGCUUAUGUUUGACUCAAUGGAAGAAUUCAAUGCAACAUGUAGUGUAGGAAGUAAUCCUGUAUUUUAUAUAGGAGAUUUGGUCAUUAAAAGAUGGGGUCAGUAUUGUGAUAUUGUUUGUUCAAGUAUUGACCAGCAUCAAAUUGUUCCUGAAUCUGUUCUCUCUAUUUCUGAAGAUAACAUCAACACAAAAAAUGAUAAAUUUACAAAAUAUUUACCAAUGUUUCAUCAUCUUGAAAAAAUUGAAAGAACAAAUGAAUUUGAAUUAAGUUUAUUUAGUACACAAAGUGAUAGUACACAGAGCAAUGAACAGUUUAUUGAUGUGAUAAACAAUUGUGUUGCUGAGACAAUUAAAGUAAACACUUCAACAUUAAAAUCUCUGUCUCUUCAUGAUGUCUCGAACACUAGCAAGUAUUACCCAAUGUAUAAAACAGUUGUUAGUAACCUACCUAGUAUGAUCGAUCUUGUAGCAAUAAGUAUGAGUGGUAUAACAAUGAGUCAUGAUGAUACUUCUACAUUUUGUAAUUUUCUUGAGGGAACCAGUCAUCUUGAACAAAUACAUCUUGAGUCUGUUGAAUGUAAGUGUUGGAAGCAGCAUGAUGUAAAUUUAUCAAAACAUCAACAACUUCAGUACCUUUAUUUGUGUUAUACUGUUAGUGUGAUAGAUGUUGAUACUACAAACCUUGAAAUAUUUAGAUUUGGAAAAUUGAAAGAUAGUAAUUAUGUGAAAAUAUUUGAUAUUAUUAGAAAAUCUAACAAAUUAAAAGAACUUGAAUUGUAUGGAGAAUAUACCAAUAAAUCUCAAUUAUAUCAUACCAACAUAACAAAGAGACUUGUCACAGUAUUACCAUUGUUACACAAUCUCAGUAAGCUUGAGUUAGAGUGGUGUAGGUUAACUGACAAUAUAAUACAGUUACCUUUAGAGAUGAAGAGUUUAAAAAACAUUGAGCUUAAGUAUGUCAUAAUGAGUUUGACAACAUGGCAGAAGUUUGUUGAUAGUCUUCCUGGUAUUCCUCAUACUGUAGAUGUGAGUGUAAAGUACUGGUAUAUAUCAGGAGAUGGUGAGGAGUUAAAUGAUGAUAGGUUAACAUUGACAUCACUAGUACUUAGAGGAGGGAAGGGAAAUGAUGCUAUACAGUAUGUAAAAGACCAGGAUCAGUUAUUUCAUGUUAAACGUGAUUAUGAUUAUUGGUUUGAAUUUUCAACAAAAAAGUGAUAAAAGUGUCCAUUUAGUAUACAUGAAGUUAACAUAUAGUGUUAAAAGUAAAUUAUUGCGUGUUAAAAGAGAUGAUAACUUGGAUUUUCAUUUUCAACAAAAAAAUGAUCUGAAUUUUUAACAUAGUGAGAGAGAAUACAUACAGUGCUUAAUUUAAAUUAUUAUUUCAUAAUUAUUAAAAUAAAUAUUAUCAGCAAAAUGAAAAAAAAAUACAAAAGUUACAUAUUGAUAUGUUAAAUAAUGAAUGUAAUACAAUAUGAUAGAUAACAAUCAUCAAAAACAGUUCAUUAAAUAUCAAUUUCUGAUCAUUGUAGUAAUAUUGAAAUUGAUGAAAGUAAUAUUCAGAUGUGUAUUUAAGUAAAUAAUUGAAAGAAAUGCAGUGAAAUAUAAAGAAAAUUAAGGUAACUUUUUUUUUUUAAAGAUAAGGGAUAGUUUGUGAAAAGUAUAAUUUGAAAAAGUGUUAGGUUCUUUGAAUUAUAAAUACAUAAAUAGAUAAAUAGAUUAGCAAGUAAAUAAAUUAAUGAAUAAGUAAAUAUAAUAAGUAAUUUGAAUGGAAAUAUCAUAAAACAGAAAUUUUAUGUACAAGGUCAGAAAAUGUAAAAGAUAAGUAUAACUUUCAAAUACCAGUUAUAUUAUAUAAUAUAUGAUAGGAUAAAGGAAUGGUAUAUGUAAUUACCAGUUAUAUGAGAAAUAUGUCAAGAGAAUGGUAUAUAUGAAUACCAGUUAUAUGAUAUAAAGGACAAGGGAAUGGUAUAUAUGAAUAAAAAUUAUAUGAUUUUUAGGCCAAUGGAAUGGUAUAUAUAAAUACCAGUUAUAUGAUAUAUAGGACAAGGGAAUGGUAUAUAUGAAUACCAAUUAUAUGACAUUUAGGCCAAUGAAAUGGUAUAUAUAAAUACCAGUUAUAUGAUAUAUAGGACAAGUGUUUGGUAUAUAAAAAUACAAUAUAUG